CUAUUAUUAUUGCUUUAAUUAAAAUUAUACUAUAUUGCUGCCACUGACUGUACAUUGAUGUCACAUGUAUAGUCGGGAGAAGAAAUAUAGCAGAAUCAGGUUAAUCGUAUUCAUUCGUCAUGCUAUGUAAGAUUCAAGUUAAUCGGUUGUUUUAGAAUCGCUCCAAGAUUAUCUGACGUUCUUCGUGCAAGAAUCUAUUAUGUCAGAAAUGAAUGUAAUUUUACGUAAUUCACCGUGUGACGUUUUCCAUGUUUAGGAUUUGCAUCCGCGGAAACAUUGUACGUAACAAUAAUACGCACGUGAUACCUGUUGCACCUCUACCAAACGAAUUACACAAUCGGAAUACGUUGUAGCUAAUCGUGUAAUUACGAGUUUUUCUCGUACACGAGUAUGACGUAUCGAUACGUGACGUUUUCCUCGCGAUGAUGCUUGAUACCAUUCGAGUUCAUUAACCACCCAUCGGAGGGUCUUCGAUUUCUCGGGUUUCUCUUUAAUUUUAUUAACUUUCAUAAUCGAAAGGACAAGAAUCGAGAAAAUAUUUUUAAAAAUAUCCUAGAAAAUCUAAAAAAAGAAAUAUCGAGAGCAAGGUGAUUCGAUCGAGACAGUGACGUUUUCCUCGCGAUGAUGCUUGAUACCAUUCGAGUUCAUUAACCACCCAUCGGUGGGUCUUUAAUUUUAUUAACUUUCAUAAUCGAAAGAACAAGAAUCGAGAAAAUAUUUUUAAAAAUAUCCUAGAAAAUCUAAAAUAGGAAAUAUCAUCGAGAGGAAGGUGAUUAAAUCGAGACAGUGGAUCUCACACGAGUUUCGCGUAAACUUGAUACCAGCUCUCUUGGACGUAAUAUUACGCAAUAAAUGCUAGUUCCUAGGUAGUAAAACGUAAUCGUUCGAUUAUCCAGAAAACUCGUUCGAGCGUGAGAUAGUCUGUAUCCGUUUCAAUUGGCAGGGAAAAUUGAAUUUCUUCGUUCCAAUGGAUUGUAACAGUGUAAGGAACCGAUAGAACCGAGAGAACCAGAGAGAGAGAGAGAUCGGUCAGCUGUACAAGUUUGAUCAUUUCUCGUAAUCGGAAUGCAGAAUCGCAUAACUUUUACGUGGAACGGGCUCUCUUGUUAGGUAACAGACGGUAAGAGUUGAUCAGGAAGAACAAUUAGAAAGUGUACGAUGGUGUUCUGGCGCAUAAGCAGACUUAUACGAUCAUUCGUGGCUAGGUUGCAUAAAUAUCACCACGCAGGGCCACUUUCUCGCGAUCUAUACGUAUACCUGGCUGCUUGACCACCUCUCCUUUCGAUCCUGCACCUGAUCAAGAAGAAGGUCCCUCUCUUCAAACUUCGUCUUUCUUUCUCCUACUCUUUCACCUGGGCUCGAUAGAAUUUUACGCACAUCGCGAGUAACCUCGGGACAGUGGUCGGUCGUGCACAGAACACGCUUCUUCAGAUCGUUUCCCGAUUUUUACGAAAGCUGCGCAAGAUUUUCUCGUUUUUAUUAAAAAGGAAUUUAUUUAGUCAGGUUGAAACCGUCGAGUUUCGUCGAUUUCUUGCCGAUCUCUCGCGUUAAUUUCUAUUCAACCGGUUCGCAUCGGUUUUCUCCAGUAUCAUCGGUUCAGAUCAAUUUUCCGCUGAUCUCAGCGUUUUUCGUCGGACAUCUCGCGUUUAUAAGCUCGUAGCGCGCCUUUAUCUAUUAGCAUUAUCUCGUUAACGUGUACUAUAUUCAUAUGUGACGCGAAGUGGCAAAUGCUUCCUCGCUCUUUGUACAACGAACGACAAAGUGUGCUGAUGUCUCGUUUCCAACCUGUUAAAUAAUCACGCGAGUGCGUUCACCGUCGCGAAUAUGUUUGAAAAGAAACGUGUUAUCAACGCUGACCUUGUUCGUAAAUUGUACGUAACAGUUGAUUUUCUUUUAGUUUAGCAGUAGAAGGUGUGAAAGGUAUGAUUUUGAUUUUUAAUUAACAUAGACACGGUGAAAUGAUUACCGAUGAAAUUAUGAAAUGCGAACGGUGUUUGUGUUCAUUUAAUUUCUAUUUAUUUUUGAACGCUGAUUAUAGUCGCCCCAAUAUUGUUACCGGUAUUCCAUAUUUUAAAGAAAAAUUUGAUAAAGCAAAAGGAGAAGAAAAUGGAGUACGAGGCGAACGAAGAACACUUUACGCGGGUGUUUCUGGAUCAUCGAGGAAAAGAUGAGGUAGGACAAUUAGUGGGCGCCAAAACUCAUGGCGCAACACCUUUGGUCAUGGCCUGUCGAAACGGACACUACGACGUGGCUGAGUACCUCAUCAAAGAAUGCGGAGCGGAUAUCGAACAGCCUGGGUCAGUCGUAUUUGGCGGGGAAACGAUAGAAGGUGCACCGCCUCUAUGGUGCGCAGCUGCAGCUGGUCAUUUGGCUCUGGUCAGAUUACUGGUGAAAAGAGGUGCCAAGGUGAACUCGACCACCAAAACAAAUUCCACGCCAUUGCGCGCGGCCUGCUUCGAUGGUUAUUUUGAAAUCGUCCGAUUUUUGGUAAAUCACGGUGCAGACAUCGAAAUGGCUAACCAUCAGGGUCACACCAGUCUGAUGAUCGCUUGUUACAAAGGUCACAUUAAAAUCGCCAAGUUCCUACUCGCCUUGAAAGCGGACGUGAACCGGAAAUCCGUCAGGGGUUACACGGCGCUUCACGAUUGCGCCGAAAGCGGAUCACUGGACAUCGUGAAGCUACUGAUCGAGCACGGUGCCCGGAUGGACGUGGACUCGUACGGGAUGACACCGCUCCUUGUGGCAGCAGUAACAGGACAUAAACACAUCGUCGAGUACUUCAUCGGUAUACCGAAUUUAGUCAGUCGGAAAGAACGGAUAGACGCGUUGGAAUUGUUGGGGGCGACUUAUGUGGAUAAAGAAAGGGACAUGAUAGGGGCGCUCGAAUUUUGGAAACGAGCGAUGGACGAAAGAUAUCGAAGAGAUAGCCCGGUGAUAGCGAAACCAUUGCCACCCCCUGUGGUAGCUGCCUACGAUUUCACAAGAGAAAUUUCCAACCCAGAUGAAUUGGACGAUCUGUUAACCGAUCCGGAUGAAAUGCGAAUGCAGGCAUUGGUGAUCAGGGAACGAAUAUUAGGGCCAGCUCAUCCUGAUACCAGUUACUAUAUACGUUAUAGAGGAGCACUGUACGCGGACGGUGGGAAAUUCGAUCGUUGCAUCAAACUUUGGAAUUACGCUUUGGAUAUGCAGCAGAGUAUGUUGGAGCCGCUCGAUCCAAUGACUCAGAGUUCACUGUUCAGUUUUACCGAGUUGUUUAGCUUUAUGAUAGGUACUCAGACUAGUACCGGGCGCAGAGUACCACCGGUACAAAAGAAGGAACUUCUUAGAGUAUUCAAGAAAGCUGUCUUAGAGGUGGCAUUAGGCAAACAAAUGUUGGAUAAAAUCCCGGUCUGCAAACGUGAUCUAACUUAUUUGAACAGAGUUCUUGUGAUUACUUUACAUCUCGCGUGUUUACUAACACGUGAGAUUCCAGAGAAAGGGACGGACGAAUACAUCACGUUGCACAAAGCGAUUUAUGAACUAGUUGGAAUAAAUGCGAAAGGCAAACAAGGCCGUGAUGUAUUGCAAUUAAUUUAUAGCGAAAAGGGUGCCGUAGUUGGGAGCUAUUCGACCUCCAAGUUCCCCUCGUCGAAUUUAGCGAACGCUCUUAUUAAAGUUGGCGCUGACGUUACGGCAAGAGACAACGACGGUAAUACAGCGUUACAUCUUGCUGCUGUUUCGCACUUUAGGCGGCCAGAUCUUGCCGUUACUCUUCUCGAGGCUGGUGCCCACAUCGACACCGUUAAUAACGAGGGUAAAACCUUUGAGAUGUUGUUACGCGAUAAACGUCUAUACGACUCGGUAUGCCCUGUAAAAUACACCACGCUCACCUGUUUAGCGGCUAGAGUAGUCAAAAGAACGUACGAACUGGAAGACGUACCGAAACAUCUUCGCGCUUUCGUUCAGAUGCACUAGUGGGUGUAAUCGAUGGGCUGAAGAAAAAGCUGUAUCGUGUAAAAAUACCACAGGACGUAUUUAUUUAUUAAUCGAACGAAAAAGAGUCGACAAUGAAGUUUUACUUUUUUUCGUACACGUAAACUAACUACCAGAAUGUGUUUCCGAAUGGGAGAAUAUAAGAUCUACUUUUUGAGAAUUGCCAUUACAACAAGCGAUAAGUAGAGUACACUCUAAGGGACAUCUCAGAUUUCAGUUGUAUUAUCUUGAAAUCGUGAAGAUUGAUUCGUCGUACGAGACUAUUUUAAUGACUCAGGUAUAUUGCCCAAGGCUGGACAGAAAUGACACAUAAUUCAGGAUAUGUACAUUAAAUUUCCAAGUUAAUAUGGCAAUGUUUUUUCUUUAUUGUGAUUUUCUACAAAGAAGAAGAUAUUUGAUACUAACGUCGAACGACGUGUAAGGCAUACGAUAAAGGAGGAGAGUACUUAUUACGUGCAUUGUUUACAAUGGCUUACAAAUACUGUCAAUGUGAUUUUAUUGUUGUAUAAUUGGCUGACAGCCUACCCCUUAUACAUAAACCCCAUAUAAGCCAUAAUAUACACAUACUUCAUCGAUACUAUUUAGUCAUAACGGGGAUGUAUGCUAAAUUGACAGAUACGUGUAAUCGUAGAAGACACGAUUUUACCUUCGUUGCUGUAUAAAAAUAGAAAUAAAAAAGAAGAAAAAAAGAGGGAUAAGAAAGUGUAAUAGAGUUUUGUUGAUAUAGCAUGAAACGAUUUCAAUAAAAAAUAAAGCAUAUGCUUUUGUGAUAAAAAUCGUAAAAAAUGGAAAUCAUAACUAUUAAUUUUUUUUUUUUGCAAAUGUUACAGACCUUUUCAGUUUAAGGAUGUGUGUUUUGUUUCUACUAGACAUGGUUGGAAUAUCACUUAAGUUAUGUUGCUUUAAAGAAUUUGCUAAUCGAUUAGAUUCGGGGUUGUAUACCCCUAUUACGAUAUAGAUAGUACAUGGAAGUUUCUUGAAAAUGGUUCGUUUACAUCGAUUUUCAAGCUUACCUUUAUUUAAAAUGUGAUAAACAUACAUAUAGUUUGUAAGUAUUAUACAGAAUUAUAUAUAUAUAUAUAUACUUAAGAAGAAUCACAUAGGUGAUGUGUUCAAGUAAGGUGCUUUUUUUGAGGAUGAACAAAUAAUUACACUUGACACUAUGUAGCACAGCUGCCAUGGUAACAGCAAUUCGUAUAGAAUGUAAUUUUCAUCAGAAUUCGAUCCAGCUAUAAAGUUUUGUACUUUUUAACACGUUUCAUUCCAAUAAUUAUAUUCACACACUGUUACUGGUUUACACAGGACACUUAUAAUUCUCAGCAAAAAAAGUAUCUUACGUUAAUGAUCACCAAAUUUAACUGUUUUAUAAUGUAAAGACUGUGGAAAUACAGGCGUGAUUAAUAAUAUAAUCAACUGGUUAUUUCACCUGGAUGAAACUUACCACUCCAUUACCUUGUGAUCUGGUUAGAUAGCAUUCCUGGAAGAACAACAUACUCAUAAAAAUCUUUGUUAACAAUUUUGAAGCUUACCUUUGUUUUCCUGUAAAACAUUAGCCGCAAUUUAAAAAUGAUUAACAUAUUAAAAUAUAUUUAAUUUGAUCCUGCAUGAUUGAACAUUUUAUUUUUGGACAGUUUCUAACAGACUUUUUCAACAAUGAAUCAAUUGGCAAAAUCCAGAAGGAAAUGCAGUUAUCAUCCCCUAUUUAACACAACUGAGAUCAGUCACUUACAAUGGAAAUCAAUGCAACAGACCAUCGACACAUGAUCUCAUGCGUUAUAAAAUAAGAACCCUACUAGUGACCAAUGACAUUGUAAGAAAAAAAAAAGAUACAUCGUUCUUCAAAUGUUAAGAAACAAAUGUGGCAACCACACAAUGGAAAUCGACGAUGGUUAUUUAAAAAAAUUCCAUGUGCAUAGCGAAAAGACGCAUUAAAAUGUUUCAAUGGCGAUUGAAGACCAGAGCAUACAAAAAAUAUGUACGACCACUUACCAUAAAAGUCAUUGUUACCGUCAAACCAUUUGCUUCUUACGUUAUGCAAAAUUCAUUUUGGACAGACAGAGAAUUAUGCGGGAAACUUUUAGACCAGAUACAAUUACCAAUAAAUAUAGAAGAUACUUUGGAUACUACGAUACAUAAGAAUCAACCACGGUGUUAGGAGACGAAUUGCUACAUUGCCAGUGAAUUUUAAUUUUUCCCAAAACCUCUUAAUCCACUACUUGGAUCAGUGAUAAAACUUCGUUAAUUAAUCUUCAGAAGAAGACUAUCAUACAUAAUUUGAUGAUCUGAAUAUCGUUUUGACUAUCGCUGAAGGAACAAAUGUUCGGUAAACAGAUUUCAAACAAAACUAUUCCCUCUUGAAACGUGUUCAUCAUCAGAGUAAUAGAAAACCACAAUCACCUGAAAAAACAUAUCUCACCUGUGAUGUAAGCAAAUAUUCAUCUCACAGAUUGGAAAUCUUCAAUCUCAAAAAAUAAGCAGGGAUUUCUACAAUUAGAAAUACAACUGUAAAUGUUCUUAAACAGAAAUGUCUGUUUAAAAAAAAAAAA